GUCGCCUUCCGGUCCCAGGCUCCCAGCUGCAAUGGCGCUCUCCCCGUCCGUCCCGGCGCGCCGCCGCAGGGCUCCAGGACCCGUCGUCGGCUGGCUCGAGCCGCCUGCCUCAUCCCGUUGGCCGCCGGCGACGUGUGCCGCUUGCCGUUUCGGAACCGGCGGUGGGUGCUGCCCCUCGCUCCAGCGACACCCCUGCCUCCGUCGAUGUAAACAUCAGCAAUUCGUCCCUCCACGGAGGAAAGAUCGAGAAUGACGGGGGGCAAAAUGCUGCGGGAUUUCUUGCUCUGCUGGUACCUGGGGCAAAGCUAUCCACGCCGGCCACAAGCAAAGACAGGAAAGCAUCAUGGCCUGCGCUUACAGAUCAAGAUUGGCAGGGCGAGAUGCUACAGUGCAGGAGUACCCGUCUUUGGCAUAUAUCAUUUGAGUGUGGCUGAAUGUGGCAUAGGCGCAUAGCGGCACAAAAAAAUAGUUGCCUUCAGAAUCUAUCCAUUGAGUGUGCUAGCAAGCUAAGAGGAAACGCAUCUUUGUUCUUCUCGUCACCUCUAAGCAGAGGAUAAGAAUGGAUUCAACCCUCACUUGCAAACCAAAGUAUCCUCUCUUGCUUGCCUUGAUAUACACAGAGUCAUCAAGUCUGGUAUCAUCAGAAGACCUCUUGCCUUCAACAUAUUAUUUCAGAUGAUCAAUCUGUUCAUUGCACAUUGUGCUGGCACAACUUCCUCAACCACUUUAUCCACAUAUAUUAUCAGCAACAAAGGUGGUGAUGGAAGCUACAGGGUUGAGCUUGGGCAAGUCUGUGCUGGAUGGAGCGCUUGGCUAUGCCAAAUCCGCUGUCGCGGAGGAGGUGGCCCUGCAGCUUGGCAUCCAGCGCGAUCAUGCUUUCAUCAGGGAGGAGCUUGAGAUGAUGCAGGCUUUCCUGAGGGCCGCGCAUGGCGAGCGAGACGACCAUGAGGUGCUCAUGACCUGGGUGAAGCAAGUUCGUGACGUGGCCUAUGACGCCGAGGACUGCCUCCAAGAUUUUUCCAUCCAUCUCAAGAAGCCGUCUUGGUGGCGCCUCCCUUGCACACUGCGCGAGCGGCACCGCAUCGCCAAGCAGAUGAAGGAGCUGAGGGCCAGAGUUGAGGACGUGAGCCAGAGGAACCUGCGCUACCAACUCAUCAAGAGUGCUGGCUCCAAACCUGCAACCACAGCUGAGAUGUCCAGCAUUACAGCUGCAGCAAUAUUCGGCAUCAGUGAAGCUCGGCGUGCUGCGAAGCAUGACAAUUUAAAAGUAGAUCUUGUUGACCUGAUCAACCAGGAGAGCAAGAAUCUUAGGGUGAUAGCGGUGUGGGGAACAAGUGGUGACCUUGGGCAGGCAUCCAUCAUCAAUGAAGCCUAUGAGAACCCAGAUAUCAAGAACAGAUUUCCAUGCCAGGCAUGGGUAAGGGUCUCGCAUCCGUUCAAUCCGAACGACUUCAUCAAGAGCUUAGUGAAGCAGUUUAGAUCAGCUGUGGGGGUGUCAACUCUGCUGGAGACAGAGAAGACAGGGCAAGAGUUGGCCGUGGAGUUCACUAGAUAUGUUGAAGAGAAGAGUUACCUGAUUGUGCUUAAUGGCGUGUACACCUAUGAAGAGUGGAAUGUGAUUAAAGGAUGUUUCCCAAACAACAAGAGGAGGAGCCGAAUCAUAGUGUGUACACCUCAAGCCGAAGUUGCAAGCUUGUGUGCAGGGCAAGAAAGCCAAGUAUUGGAGCUCAAGCAAUUGUCAGCUGAUCAGACUAUUUAUGCUUUCUAUGAGAAGGAUUCUCAGGAGAAAGCAAAUUUUUUGAUGCCAGCGUCUAGCUCAAAUGCAGACACAACAAGUACCAAUGAUAUAGUGGAACAUCAACCUACAGGUGGUGAUGGGAGCAAGGUGGUCACAAGGAGCCUUACUCAACUCAAAACUAUGGCAAGUGCUAUGGAGGAAUCUCAGCUUAUUGGUCGAGAGAAAGAAAAGUAUGAGAUGGUGAAACUUAUUUGCAAUCAAUCUGGUCAUGAACUUCCAGUGAUCUCAGUGUGGGGAAUGGGUGGUCUAGGGAAAACUACUCUAGUCAAAGAUGUUUAUGAAAGCCAGAAGCUCAUUGGCAUGUUUGAGAAGCGCGCUUGUGUCACAGUGAUGCGCCCUUUCAUUCUCAAGGAGUUCCUUAAAAGCUUAAUUAUACAACUAAGUAUGCAAUCUUCUUCUGAAAAGAAGGGAGCAAUAGAUUUUGGGCGCAGUACAAGAAAUACAGCAGUAAUGGUGGGAGUUGAAGAAUUAACCAAAGAUCUAGCUAGGCUCCUUGAAGGGAAGAAGUGCUUGAUUGUUGUUGAUGACGUGUCAUCCAGGGCAGAAUGGGACCAUAUAAUACAACACUUCCCUAAAUUGGAUAGUACAUGCCGGAUUGUAGUCACCACAAGAGAAGAGAGUAUUGCAAAAUAUUGUUCAGAGAAACAAGAAAACAUAUACAAGCUCAAAGUUCUUGAAUACAGAGAUGCACUUCAACUCUUCACAAGAAAGGUAUUUAAGGAGGCCAUAGAUUUGGAUAAACAUCCUGAUCUCAUUGAAGAAGCAAAACUGAUCUUGAAGAAGUGCAAUGGACUUCCCCUUGCAAUAGUCACCAUUGGCGGCUUCUUGGCAAAUCAACCAAAAAUAGCCGUGGAGUGGAGGAAACUAAAUGAGCAUAUUAGUGCUGAGCUGGAAAUGAACCCAGACCUUGAGGUCAUAAGAACAGUCCUUGGCAAAAGUUAUGAUGGUUUACCCUAUCAUCUCAAGUCUUGUUUUUUGUAUCUGUCCAUCUUUCCUGAAGACCACAAGAUUAGCCGAAGACUUCUGAUACGGCGGUGGAGUGCAGAAGGUUACUCAAGAGAGAUUCGUGACAAAACUGCAGAGGAAAUAGCUGACAGCUACUUCAUGCAACUAAUAGGUAGGAGCAUGAUCCUGGCAUCCAAAAGAUCAUCUAACAACAGAAAAGAAAUUGACUCAUGUCAAGUCCAUGAUCUCAUGCGCGAAAUCUGCAUCUUAAAGUCAGCAGAAGAGAAUCUUGUUUUUAGACUGGAGGAAGGUUGCAGUUCAAACACCCAAGACAAAGUUCGUCACCUUGCUGUAAGCAGCAAUUGGAAUGGAGAUAAAGUUGAGUUCGAGAGUGUAGUGGACCUGUCUCAUAUACGGUCAUUAACAGUAUUUGGAUAUUGGAAGCAUUUUUUUAUUUCCGAGAAGAUGAAGUUGCUACGUGUGCUUGACUUGGAAGGCACGUCAGGUCUAUUUGAUCAUCACCUUGAGCACAUUGGGAGGCUUCUUCACCUAAAAUACCUUUCUAUAAGACAAUGUGACGGUAUAUAUCAUCUGCCAGAUUCAUGGGGUAACCUGAAGCAACUGCAGACACUAGAUAUGAAAGGUACACGCGUAUGCAAGCUGCCAAAAACUAUCAUCAAGCUCAGGAAGCUGCAAUACCUUUUUGCUGGGGAUUGUGCUCCUUUUUGUGUGAUUCCAGAUGAAUGCCUACCAGUUGAUCUGGCAAAGCUUUGUCUGGCCUGUUGUGCGCCCAAGUUUUUGGAGGACGUCGAGGAUCUAGAUGGUGAUCUGGAUAGGCAAGAUGUGUGCACUUUCUGGUGCCACGUUGUAUUCCCUACUUUGGCAUCUAGGAGACUAGAGCCAUAUGGUGUUGUGGUGCCAAGAGGGAUGAGGAAUCUGAAAGGCCUGCGCACACUGGGUCUUGUGAACAUCACAAAUGGAAAAGCUAUCCUACAGGACAUAAGAAGGCUGAGUCAGUUACGCAAGUUAGCAGUGAGCGGUGUUAGUAAGAAGAACAGUCAAGAGUUUUGUUCCACCCUUGCCGAUCUUAGCCGUCUAGAAUCACUGUCAGUGCAAUCAAGUGUGGAGCCAGGUUUACAUGGCUGCUUGGAUGGUGUGUCCUCACCACCGAAGAACCUCCAGAGCCUCAAGGUGUCCGGCACCCUGGUCGAACUGCCAGGAUGGAUCGAGGGACUCCAUAGUCUUGUGAAGUUGGUGCUAGAGAGCACUUUGCUAAGGGAGUUUGAUGCCACCAUGCAAGUCCUUGGCAAGCUACCAAAUUUAGCCAUCUUACGCCUACGGUAUCAUCCGUUUCUUCCGUUCGACAUCAAGCGUGGAGAGCGCAUCCGGCUCACAUUCCACCGGGAGGCAUUCCCGAGCCUGAUGGUACUGGAGCUGCUUUCCGUAGGUGGGCUUGGGUUGGUGGAGUUUAAGGACGGAGCAACGCCUAAACUUGAACAGCUACAUUUAGAUCCUAAUGCUGGAACCUAUAGCUCUGGCUUCCUUUCCGGGCUAGCAUCUCUCCAGAGCCUCAAGGAAUUGACCAUGGAGCUGAGAGACUAUUUGUUCAAGGAGAAGUUCCUGGAAGACGUGCAGGACCAGCUUGCCAGGAACCGAAACGGACCCGUUUUCAAGCUGGUCUGAGCUGCUCCGGAGGCCAUCAGAGAUCACCGCUUUGCUGGUUUCAUGUUUCCUAGUAUUUUCUUUCUUUUUUGCGCAUGUACCAGAACAUAACAAAAUACCGCGCACUUUCCAUUUGCAGUGCUCCGAUCCUGUAUGCAUGUGUGUCGUUGGAGUCCAUACAAGUCCUGUAUCAUUUAUCCCU